AUGGCUCAGACGCUGCAGAUGGAGAUCCCCAACUUCGGGAACAGCAUCCUGGAGUGCCUGAACGAGCAGCGGCUGCAGGGGCUGUACCGCGCAGUCUCGGUGGUGGUGAAGGGCCACGCGUUCAAGGCGCACCGGGCCGUGCUGGCUGCCAGCAGCUCCUACUUCCGGGACCUUUUCAACAGCAGCAAGAGCGCGGUGGUGGAGCUGCCGGCCGCCGUCCAGCCCCAGUCCUUCCAGCAGAUCCUCAGCUUCUGCUACACGGGGCGGCUCAGCAUGAACAUCGGGAACCGCUGCCACCCCAAACUCUAUGACGAGGGAGACCCCGCCGAGAAGCUGGAGCUCGUCACGGGCACCAACGUCUACAUCACGCGGGCGCAGCUGAUGAACUGCCACGUCAGCGCGGGGACGCGGCACAAAGUCCUCCUCCGGCGGCUCCUGGCGUCCUUCUUCGACCGCAACACCCUGGCCAACAGCUGCGGCACGGGCAUCCGCUCGUCCACCAACGACCCCAGCCGGAAGCCGCUGGACAGCCGGGUCCUGCACGCUGUCAAGUUUUACUGCCAGAACUUCGCGCCCAACUUCAAGGAGAGCGAGAUGAACGCCAUUGCCGCCGACAUGUGCACCAACGCCCGGCGCGUCGUGCGCAAGAGCUGGAUCCCGAAGCUGAAGCUGCUGAUGGCCGAGGGCGACUCCUACACCUCCUUCAUCAAUGACACCGGCAAGCUGGAGCCC